UUAUCAGCGAAUUUCAUCUCUACCAGCGACUAUCAACGGUUUUAAAGACCUUCUUCAUCGUGUGGACCGGACUAAAGCAGCAGCAGAGCAGCAGAACCAGUGGAACCAGCGGAGGAUCGAAGAUGCCUCGUCUCAAAUGCCACAACUGCUCCAGUGUGGCCAAGAAGAGGAUGGAGAAGCACCUGGCUGCGGUGGUGGAGUCUGCGCCCCGGGGCUCCACCAGCUUUGUGCCACUGGCUCCCGGUCCCUCACGUCGAGGCACUGGUCGUCGCCACCGUGUGAGCACCUGGCCAGUUUCAACCCUGACUGGCAGGAGUCACAAAGUGGUCAUCCCGGCCGAGUCACCUGACAAGAAGUUUGUUUUUCUUGUCGGGGAUUCCCACCUGCGCGGCAUCGUUGAUGGCAUCGUGGAGUUUCCGGACGAGUUCCUUUCCUUUGGUGCCAUGUCGACGCUGGGGGCCUGCGCCAGGGAGCUGACGAUUGAGUUGCUGCAGUGGACUUCGAGCAGCUCCUCAUCAGUGCCUUGUCUCGGUGGCCGAAGGCUGUUGCAGAAGAUUUGUUAUAACGUGGACCUGGAUCUGCAGGAGCUCUUUCGCCAAGAGUUCCACCGCGUGGCAACACGGAUGCAUAUUUCGAUCUUAACUACCGGCACUACGCCCAAAGUUGAACGCUGCACGUCAUGCUGCAAGCAAUUUCACUGCCCCCUGUUCCUAAAAGUGAAACCUACAAAGUUGUCCAAGCUGCAGAGCCACUUAGAGGCACACACUAAAGGUGGCAUUUUAUUUAAAGACCAGUGCGGUGGUCAAAGUGGUGGAUCACUGUAAAAAAGCAGUGGAAUGGGUGCAGGCGAAUCAACACUUGUUUGCAGCCAGAGUGGAGAUGCCUCAGAUUUUGAACAUGAACAGCACCCAAACUGAGGAGGCUGUGCAGGAAAUGGGAAAGCUGUUUGACACCAUGGAUCUGAAUGAGGAAGAGAAAGAAUUAAUUCUUGAGCCUUUUAAAUUUAUUUUUUACCAGAUUGAAGAUAUGUGGCUCUUCUGUGAAGAGAUUAUGGACAAACGAGGGUACUUGGCGUACUGUGAGUACAAAGAGUAGAAAGAAAAAAAAAAAAAGUUAAAAUUGUGGAAAAAGUUGUUGUUAAAACACUAAUAAUUAAAAUCAUUAAAAAAACUGCUUAGGAGAUAUUGGUUAUCUGGGUCAUGUAACUAGGUAUUCAGUAAUUCACUUUGAAUACACAAAGCUAAGUUCAUUUUAAAUCAUCAACCCUCACACCCUCCAUGUGGUCCAACAGCACAAGGUAAGAACAUAGCACAAACAAUAUUAAGCAAUUAUUAAAUGAAUUAUGAGGUGUUAUAAUUGCAAACAAACAUAAGAUAUGCCUAUAUAAAAAAAAAUAAGUAAAUCAAUAUGUAAAUGGAUCCAGCAGUGCAGGGGGCUACAUUUUCAAUGAUAAAUAAUGGUAUAGAAGCAAAGAACAGUCAGCAAUAGGUUGGAGUGUAGAUGCAUUAUGCCAUCACACAUUAAGGUGUAUUUACAGAGAUUUAUUGUUUAAAUAUGAAUUUGUAGUGCAGACUAAACUAACAGCUGUCCUUUUUGUGAAUUAUAUUAAAUUAAAAUACUGGCGUAAAAUAAUGCAUGUUUUGAGUAGGCUAAUAAUGUUUAUAGGGGAUCAUAACAAUAGCUGUACAUCUAGUUUGCACUGAUUAUCUGUAGAAUAACCCUAGAAGUGGUCAUAACGUUGUGUAUUUUCUUUUUUUUAUAUAUAUAAUAUUUUGUUUGUUUUUUAUCUUGACAUUUUCCUGAGUUUUUUUCACCUUAUACAGUUGAACUGGAAAGAUAUACAGGUUUUUUUUAAAUCUCUUUCAUUAAACACAUGGAUACACAUAAACAUAUUUACAUUGUAAACAUAAAAUAAAGAUCCAAGAAACAUUGGGAACGAAACAUACGUGCUUCCGGUAUGCUCGCUUUUAUUUUGAAAGGCUUCGAAUCAACUUCCGGUCCUUACAGUGCAGGUCUGCAGCUAGACUGUCUUGCUUAGGGGAGGGGGCCUGACGAAGAAAUGGUUCAAAGACCCCAUGAAACAACGACAGAGGAAGAGAGUUACCCUGCCCGGAGGAAGCCUGGGGCCCCCGCCUGGAGCCAGGCCCAGACGGAGGGCCCGUGAACUAGUGCCUGGUGGCCAGGUCUACUACGGGGCCUGGUGCUUGAGAUGGAGAUGGGAGAUGGAGCGCUACCAGUUAGAUCUGGUGGGGCUUACCUCCAUGCACAGCCUUGGCUCUGGAACAACACUCCUGCAUAGGGGAUGGAAGUUUUUCUUCUCCGGAGUUGCCCAGGGUGUAAGGCGCCGGGCUGGUGUGGGGAUAAUCAUGAGCCCUCGGCUGAGCGCCACUGCGUUGGAGUUUACCCCAGUGUACGAGAGGGUCACCUCCCUGCGCCUUAGGGUUGGGGGGGGGGAAAAGCCCUGACUGCUGUUUGUGCCUAUGCGCCGAACAGCAGCUCGGAGUAUCCGGCCUUCUUGGAGGCCCUAGAUGGAGUCUUUUGGGGUUUGGGGUCCCUUGCUGAAACUGCUGCCCCCGUGACCCGGCCCCGGAUAAGCGGAGGAUGAUGAUGAUGAUGAUAAUGGCUUUGUUGAAUCUUUCAGAGCGACAUACUUUUGUAGGUUCUGUCUGACAAAUAAGGAAGAAAUUCAGUCUGUUUUUUCUGAGGGUAACCCAGAACUUACUCUGCGCUCCAGAGAGCUUUAUAUUGAACAUUGUAAUGCACCAAGUGAAGAUCCUGCUCUAAUUACUGUUUAUGAUGUUAAAAAACCUUGUGUGCUUGAUUCAUUACAGUACUUCCAGUGUACUGAUAAUUUUGCAGUUGAUAUAAUGCAUGAUUUGUUGGAGGGUGUCGUACAGUAUGAGCUUAAGCUGUUUUUCCAGUACCUGCUUAAAAAUUGGUUACAUCUCUAUGAACACGUUGUCAGAUAGGAUACAGAGUUUUAAUUAUGGACACAUGUAACGUAAAAACGAGUCACUUAAAAAUUGAGGACAACAGCAAGCACUUAGGUUUAAAUGCAAUUCAGUCAUGGUGUAUUCUACGCAAUACCCCACUUAUUUUUGGUGAUGUUGUUGAAAGGGACAAUAAUCACUAUGCAAUAUGCACUGAAACAUCCCAUGAUGACCUACCUGUAUUUAAGAAAAUAUGUAAUAUCAUAAUACAUAAACAACGUGCUUUCAUAAUAGGCUGCGCUGUUGAAACACUGUACUUCGAUGAACAUUUUCAUGCAUACUGUAUAAAAGAGAAAAAUAAUGAACCUAUUGUGAUUUUCAUUGACCAGCUGACGUAUUUUAGACCGUUUGAUAAGCAAUACUCUAAUGAGAGUGAGAGGACAUACAGUGUGCCUUACUGUUGCAUGGGUGAGACAGUGAGACCACACCCUGGAGACAAUAGACGAAACGUCAUCACUCUGUAUAUUCUGCUCUAUGAUUAUCUGUAAAUGAAUUAAUCAACUUGGUUCAAACUUCAUCAGUUGGGGACAGUCCCACCUCUGAAGUGUGUAGGUCUGAUGUUCUCAGUGCAGGAAGUAGACAAGUCAAGGUGGCUCAACUGUCAUGUGAAAAGACCCCAUGGUGAUUAAAAGGUCCUCAGACGGAAAUAGCAUUCCUGAGUAAAUCACAAUGGAUAUGUAAAUGUAAAGUGUCUGUAUUCUGGUGGGAUAUCUUGGAUAUAAGGGACAGAGCUCCCAUUCACCGUUGAGUUGGACUGCUUAACAGAAGCUCCCACACAUCAACUGUGUGUCACACAACUUCCUGGCUGUAUUUUCUACCACUGGACAUUUCAAUAAACUGGUCUGUUAACCCUUCAUUUCUAAUAUUGCCUUGUUGAGACUUUUGUUCUAAAUAGUUAAGAAUCUGUUAUUGAAGAUUUAUUUAGUCUAGUUAUAUGGUGAGAUUUAACACUCAUACCCUCCACCUCUGAGUUGAAUAGAAAAGAUUGAGUAUCAUGUCCUGUAAACUGUUGAGUUACAUUUCUGACCUCUGAAUACUUCAACCUAGGCAUUAGGGCUAAUCUUCUAUGUGGAAAAGGGUCACUGAGUGGUUUUUAUAAUAUAAACCAUCCCUGAACUAGACCAGUGUCAGAUUUCUUGACAAUAGGAUUGAAUUCUUAAAAGGUUUACAUUUUAAAUGAUUGGUUAACUUUAAUUCCCACAAUAUUUAAAAGUAAAGUU